CGAACGGCUUCGAGCAGCUUCUCGAGCACCCCUUCGCAAGUCGAGUGUGUUUUGUGAAACGUUUCGCGAGUGUUAUUUGGGCUCCCUACUUUUCUGCACUGAAUUUCCCGUGCUGUGGCGUUCCGUGUCGUGCAAAAAGUGUACCAAAUCGAGCGUCGUGCAUCCGGGAACCGUUUUCGUGUGUUUUCCGUGAAAAUCCCCCAGUUGUAAUAUUCCUCAACAAUUUGAAAGUGCAAAAAUAUAGAAUAACAUUCUGUGAGAAAUUGAAAACAAAAAAGACUUAUUCGAGGAGUGCUAGACCAAACAAAUCAGUGAAACUGUGUGUGAUAGUUAGGGCAAACCGGAUACGAGAUGCUGCAACCACAACAGGUGCUAAAGAAUGGUCGAUUCUGGUUCGCUGGCUGUCGCUGAGAAUGUCCAGCAUUGCGGAAUCAACGGCACCCAUAAUAACAGCAACCUCAAGGAUAUCCAGGACAAAAAGCUAAAAAUGAAUAGUUCUGCUGAUGUACCACCGGAAUCUGGCUCAUCGUCACCAGAACUAGUGGAGGAAAGUUCCGGAGAUGGUCGUCAAGAAACGACAUCACCUAUUGUGGUGGAAGCUCUGGAGGAAGAUUCGAUUGAUCAGCAGUCGAAAGAAGUGAUUUGCAUUUCAGAAGAGGAUGAAGACCAAGAGAACGGUGAUUUGUUGGAAGCUAAUGGUUCCAGCACGACAGUCUCAGGAGAAUCUUCAAAGAAUGAUCCGUCGGAAGUAGAACUCGUCGAUAGUCAACUGGAAGAACAGUCUGAAAUCGAUCAAAGCAAUGCCAACAGUAUCGAAAAAACAGAUUUGAUGAAUGAAAUAGAAAUCAUUGAACUUUCAUCUUCACCAAUUCCAACGCCAGUACUAGAGGUAAAAUCUAAAGGCCCAGCAGUAGAUGAGGGUAACACCAAAAUUGUAAAUAAUAACGAAUCUUCUGCUACUUUGAAGCACAAUAAAGUUGUAAAAAUCUUAGACGGAAAAACUGCCAACAAUAAUGUCGUCCUUCAGAAUUGUGUAGAACGUAUACCCGCGCUUCAGGAAUCUCCAAAGGAAGAGAAUCAUACCCCUAAACAAGUAGAAACCGUUGGACUUUCUGAGGAAAAUCGAAAGGUUGAACCUUUGAAAAUAAACCUUAAUCGCGAACCCAUCAGAACAGUUAUCAAACUGCCAUCGAGCUCGGCUACGGAUUCGACACCAAGUUCGCCGAAGAUCACAAUAAAACCAUUGAAACCUCCACCAGAUGUAGAUCAUCCCCCUGUUAACAGCAUUCCCAAGCUAACGAUUAAACAGGUCAUACAUUCAAACGAAUCCAGUUAUAAUGCUACAGCAACCGGUACAGAACAAAUGCAGAUCAUUCCUAAACUGUUGAUAAAAAACUCAUCAUCGGAUGGAUCUGGUGCGGAUGGAACUGAACCACACAUAGUGCCUAAGCUAACUAUACGAGGGGUCAAUCACAGCAGCUCACCUACUAUCGUGUCUUCGAUAAACACUUUAAGCAGCGAUUCAGUUUCAAAAAGCACUUCCGUGUCGACCUCCAUCAGUUCACCACCGAUGGUUCCUAAACUCACCAUUAAGAAAGACCUUAAUCAUCUGCUGAGUAGCCACGCUCAUCAUCCACCGCAUCACAAUAAUCGGCUGGCAAAAGACGAAACUGUAUCUGCAAACCAACCACCAAUUCCGAAAUUGCUUAUAAAACCAAUUCCAGAUCCUUCUGCAUCUUCGAGCAAUUCCGAAACUACAGUUACUCCAGUCUUGACAAGUUCGGAAGGUGUCAAACUCACAAUUAAACCAAUCCCAGAACCACCAGCUGCAAGCAGCUCGAGCGAGGCAGACAUCCCUGCUGUUACUGUUCCAGUUCUAACUAGUUCAGAAGGCGUAAAACUUACAAUCAAACCUAUUCCUGAGCCUCCAUUACCAAAACUAACGAUCAAAACAAAUUCACUGGAUUCCAACGACGCAUCCGUUGUCUCUUCAACCAGCAAUAGUUUUUCGCCAAAAGUAGUUACCCCUCAGCCAGCAUCGCCGAGUGAUCAGAAUUCUAGCAUUACAUCUACUAUUCCAAAACUAACAAUCAAACCAAUCCCUAAACCACCACCGAUCGUAUCUCGGGAUCCUGCUGAGGUUCCCAUUCCAAAACUGACCAUCAAACCAAUUCCUCCGAAACCGAGCCCAUCCGAGGAUAGCUGUUCAAGUGAAACCAGUAUUAAUUCAUUAGAAUCGUCGCCCAUAUCAUCCUCUUCCUCUGCUGCCGGCUCAACGCUGAGUUCACCACCAUCGGUAGUACCUAAACUAACGAUAAAAGUUCCCAAAGAAAAUGACUCCGUUGUAACGUCGCUACCGCAGUUGUCUGGUGGUUCCAAUGUCACAAUUACCUCAAUGGCAGCUAUCCCCACGAUCCCAGUGGUCACCAAACUGAACAUCAAACCGAUACCUCCUCAACCGAAGGAAUCUGAACUAGAAAAGGCACCUGCUGCAGAACCGAAAUCGAAAGAUAAGCCAGAACUUAGCGACCUUUCGAAGUCUCCGGUUACAGUUAGCAUUGAUUUCGAAGAACCAGAACCGAGUGUAAUAUCUAAACUUACCACUAAAACCACGACCGAUAUCAAGAAUUUGGAAAAGGAAAACAUAGUUAAACCGAAGGUGACAGUUAAAUCAGUUACAAAACAGGAUGCUGCGUCUGAGCCUGUAUGUGCAGAUAAAUCGGCUACGCCUCCUAGUUCAACAUCUUUGGAGGUAACAACGUCAACCAAUUCAAAGCUGGCAGAUUCAGGAUGUGAUUCUCCACGGAUUAUACUCAAAAUCAAUAAAGGAAGUUCUUGCACAACAACGACGACAACAACUUCUCCAACACCCGUUGUUCUACCCAUAUCUCCGGUAUUAACGAAAACAGACAAUAAAAUUGAUAAAUCUGAGCAAUCUGUCGACCAGGAGUUGAAGCGACCUGCUGAAGAUACGACGGUCAAAUCAUCCGAAGAACCGGAAGCGAAAAAACUCAAACUUACAAUCAAUCAUGUAAUGUCCGAAUCACCGGAUCCAAUUGAAUCUGUUUCAGAUAAUGCUAUUUUUGAGGGAGAUGUUAUUGUGAUAGACGAUGACAGUAAAUCCGAUAACAACGAAGACCCUCUAACAACUGCCGCUGAACCCGAACAAAAGCGAUCACCACCUCCGCUGAUUGAGAUUUCUAAAGUGAACUCAAUAGCAGUCACUCCUGUAGUAGCAGCAACUCAAGUAGAGCAUGAAACGGAGAACAAAUCUCCAGAAAAAGUUGCUAAAAUAAAACGAGCACGACCGGUUGUGCCAGCAGUGGCAACCCAAGAACCGGAAACUCGACCUCGUCGAGCCGCUGCCUUGCAAGUUAUACCUGCAUCGGUACUAUUGCGGCGGAAUCCAACAGUAACUACGCCGCCUCCAUUGCCAGCUUUGAUUCCGGUUGUACCACCCGUUACACCAUCGGUUACUCCUCCUGUGGAUCCACUUCCUGCCUUGGUGAAAACUAACAUUACAAGUGUGUUACUUAUCGAAAAUGAAGACGGAUCGAGUUCGGACUGUAUGAUAGUUGAUGAUCCACUCAACUUAGUCGACAAAAAUGGAACCUGUAGCAAUAGUAACAGUAACAGCAGCUUUAAUGUUCCAUCACACACCCUUACCGAAACUCCUACCUUGGCUCUCAAUUUACCAAUCAAAACAACUCUGGCUGAAACUGUACUUCCACCUGUUGGGCGAAUGAGUACCAGAAGUGGACACGUACCACAACCAAAAGAAGCUACGCACAAAGCCUCCGAUAAAGAUUCCGGUCUUGAUGAGGGUAAAGCUGAUUCAGAAGAAUGUCCUACCCCAGCGAAACGGGCUCGCGGUCGACCCAAACGAAUACGCAUGGAACCCUCGGUAGUGGUGGAGAACAAUGCUGAAACGGUAGAGGCCUUAAGCAAACCAACCGCCGUAGAAAUAAUGCUUGAGGCCAACGGUGAAACCAGUUCAUCCGAGCUUCCUGCCAUCAUGGCGCUGACCAAAGAAACCCGGGGAUCGCCUCGGGUAUUACUGAAAGCGUUAACACCUAGUCGGUUGGAUUCGGCAGAAAAAGUGUCACCAGGAAAAACAGCCGCUAUUCCACCGGAAGAAUCCACGGUGAUACAGGAGAAUAACGAUUCUACAACGAUGUCAUCCUCGGAUCAGCUUAGCGUCAGCGAUGAAAAAAGCCAAGAGAGCAGUCCGGUACAACUAAUUCUAACACCAAAAACCCGCGGCGUAGGUCGCGGACGAGGCCGAGGUGGCGGUCGUCCUCGGGGCAGUGGUCGAGGGCGUGGUCGAGGAAAACUUAUUGAAACACCCAUGACGGAACCCAGAAAAUCAAUGGAGGAAGGCAGUGAGGUCCCAGGUAUUUCCUCGGAACCACCAGCCCGGCGAGGUCGAGGUCGAGGUAAUUGGGGCGGCCGUGGCCGUGCACCUGGUCGAGGUAGCCGUGGCGGCCGCGGACGAGGACGUGGCUCACGCGGUGGUUCCCGAUCAAAUUCAGCCAGCCCUCAGAAAUCAGCGGGAAGCAGUCCGACGAAAGGACAGCAACCCUUUGGAGAAUUUGCUACCCCCGAUGUUAAG